GGGAUGAAACUUAAAGAGUUGGAAAGUUGUCUACAAGAAGUAGAUACAUUUGAACAGCCUAAAAUCCUUCUGGAGCAGUAUCCAACUAGUGCACAUAUUGCUGCGUGUAUGUUAUACACGAUACACAACACGUUCGAUGACAUUGAGGCCAAACUCGUGGCAGAUCUGGGAUGUGGCUGUGGAGUUCUCAGCAUCGGGGCGGCAAUGCUUGAAGCAGGGUUAUGUGUUGGCUUCGAUAUUGACGACGACGCACUUGACAUUUUCAAAAGAAAUGUGGAAGAAUUUGAGCUUUCCAACGUUGAUCUGGUCCAGUGUGAUUUGUGUUUACUGAUGGCAGAAGACUAUAGGAGCAGCUUUGACACGGUCAUCAUGAAUCCACCAUUUGGAACAAAACAUAACCAGGGUAUGGACAUGAAGUUUUUACGAGCUGCUAUAACAAUGGCAAAGACUGCAGUUUAUUCACUCCAUAAAACAUCAACACGGGAGCACAUACAGAAGAAGGCCAAUGAUUGGGGAGUGAAGAUGGAAGUCAUUGCAGAACUGAGAUACGACUUGCCGGCUUCUUACAAGUUUCACAAAAAGAAAUCGGUCGACAUUCAGGUGGACUUCCUACGGUUUUCCAAAGCCUGA